CAUGGCCACUGAAGCCUGCAGCUGACGGCUAUGGCAAUACCCACAUGAAUCGGGAUCUUUAUAUCUCAUAAUUUAUCAGGUUUAUGUCGAGAGAAAGCCUGAUGGAUUUUUGGACGACAUGAUGUAAGCCGAAAAUUACUUCUCUUGGGCCACUAACCGCAAAAUGGCAAGCAAGAGUUUUGCYGUUCGAGAGUUCAAUGUUGAACGUCGAUCGAUUCCCUUGGCAAUUCAGACUUACUUUUGGCAGCAAAUAAGUCCUCUCUUGAAGACAAAACUUGAAAAGAAAGAGUAUGAAGCAUCAUCAGAGUCACUAAAAAAUGUUAUUUGCGAUAACAACUUGCAAGGGCUUCCCAGCGCCUUCAAGAGCGUUCCUCGGUGGUUUUUCGUCCAUUCUUCUCUUGCAUAUAUCAUUCAGUGUUGCAGUGCUUUGCUCAGCAAUCGACAUCAGCUUGGCUACUUUGACCGUCUUACGAACCCCGAACGAGAUCUAAUCUAUACUCUACAAUGGAUCUUUUUCGAAGCUCCUGGCAUCUGCGGGAUUGAAGAUCCAGAAAACCUGUUACAUCCUAUAUCAACUAUAGAGUUAUUUGUCCACUUACUGGUCCCCCACGCCUUCAAAAUCAAAGAAAAAGACUUGACGAACAAAUUAGAAACUGGAUUGGGUUUAUGGAAGCCCUUACAGAAUCAUCAAGCUCCAGAAUUGCCGGCAUUUUGUACAGCAGUGUUGUACAAAGAUCCCAAUACUGAGGACUUUGUUAGCCAAGUAAUGUCGAUUGAUAACAAUGAUAACACAGCGAGAAAUAGUCAAUCGUCUGAUGUUGGUUCCAAGAAAUCGGCUGCACCGGAGUCGGUUAUGAGGAGCGCGACGUUCUUUGAUGUAGCCGUUCUACGGUGUUUACUGUCGAGUGGUUGGUGUGAGGAAGGUGUCUAUUGGUCGUUGAUAUAUGUUGCAGACUACCUUAGGCGAGAGUAUGACUUGCCUGGCGCAAAAGAGAAGCAGAGUUUUGCUUCGGCCAGUGGCACAUCAUGGGGCAUGCGCGGRGGAGAUGAUGCAGGAAGUUUAGACAGCUUUGGUGGGUGUGUUCUUAACGAUCCUGUGCCRGCAAAAAAGCCCGACCCCACCCCUUCUAAACACGACGUSCAAAUCAACAUCAUCAACGAAGAUGAUGACAAUGGGAAUCAACGCGCCACACCGACUGAUGAAACUGAACGAAAACCUGAAGAUGUUAAGAUUACUAUUGAAGAUGAUGAYGCCGCGCAACUUAUUGUAUCUGAUGAAGAUGAAAAUCAAAAUGUCACUGAACUAAGAAUMAGUGUUGACCGUCAUCCCUCGUACACAUCUGAYAAGACUGCUGACACAACGAARAGACGAAAAGACAACGUUCCUUCUCAGCAAUACUUCAGCAUUAUGGUAACUCCUAGCACACCUACCCAAGURGAAGUCGUGAAUGAAAUCAAUGGCUCAACCAACGAAGGAUUUGACUUUAACUCCAAGUCYCCUAGUGAGGAAGAAGAUCACAACGAAAACGAUGAAGUGAAUACUUAUAAAGAAGUGAACAGCGGAAAGGAAGCUCUAAAAAGUACAGCUGACAACACAACUAAAGAUUCUACCAAAMGCACUGAUGAUAAACCAGGCAGUUUGAAGAGCGACAGUGAGUCAAACUCCUGCACAACGGGAAUAUCCAACAGUGCAACGGGUAGUUGCGAUUCUAAGGUUUUAGAUGUCGAUAAAACUCUUAUGAAUCACUUUACUCUUUUGAAUAACAUGGGUUCUAGCAGUGAGCUUAGUCUUGAAUCAGUCUCAUCCCUUGGUGAUCAAGAUGGCACUGUUGUGUUAUCAAGUAACGAUGAUAAUAUGGCUGUUGAUAACAGCAUUGAUCAGUCCAUCUCUAGCAUAACAAGUCUUCUUGAGAGCGAAGAUACUGCUGUCGAAGGUAGCGACAAAGACCUUUCUAAGACAAACCCUAAAACGAACAUUCAACAGCAAUCAAGCUUAAGUAGUGAUGAGCCRCCUGCUGACACAGCUAACCAAUCUGAUAAAGACCCAAAGUCAGAACAUCCAGAUCCUAAAGGYCCAGAUCAUAAGUCCGAGACUGCCAGUUCGGAUUUUCCAGUUAGCGACACUGAUAAACGUAGUCUUGCACGAGACAGUAGUACAGAGGACACCGCCGAUGUUGUUAGUCUUCAGCCAAGUGUAGGAAACUUUCGUCGUAGCGGUCGUGGUUUCCGUGAUUCUACGUUUCGUAUAGAGCACUACCUGGUAUUUCCUGGUGUUGGUGAUUACGUCACUACAGAUGGCAGAUUGAGCAUCAUGGUGAUUUUGCARGCUGUUAAUGGCGUUUUAAAGGAAAACCUAAGYGGCCGUGUUUGUCAGAUGGGAYUACGAGUACUUGAGCUUUUACAUGCUAUUAUUGAGAAGGAUAAAGAGAAGCAUCGAAGCAGCUCAGUUCCUGCUCCUGUCAUGGAUGAUCGAACUGUCACCGAGUGUGUAGCGAUUGGUGCAAGGACCCAUCAGACGGAUACUAUUCUAUCUCGCCUUAGAACCACCUUCUAUGGCCGACCUCCGACCAUCCAUUCCUUGUCCUGUGGCUGUGGAUUUCGUCUCAUAAGGGCAUUGGGCUGUCCAGUAGGGUGUGGCGAAGGUUGUCAUGCAUACAAGGGCGAUAUCCUUAGAGACCAGUCCAACGCAUACUUAGCAAGUUUACAUAAACAAGAUGAAAAGUCAUUCAAAGAAUGGCUGUAUAACUACUCAAGGAUCGAACCAGUUGAAGAACUUGUCGACUUUUUGCACGCUCUGGUUGGUUUCUGUGAAGAAUGCAACCCGUUUGCAAUGGAAGAAGACGAAUCUGCAGCCAAGAAGAACAAGGGGAAGUUGUUUGGUGUGAAAGAAGGCGUUGAAGGAGUCAUACUGGAUGCUGUUUUAAAGCCUUUGGUCAGCCGUGUCGCUGAGAUGAAGUUGACWGAGCUAGACGCGUUGACGUUUUAUGGAGAGUUAAGGCAGUUACUGCGUUAUAUCAAGGACAACUAUGGCGGUGUUUUCUGGAAGGUCGCKAUGAGUGGAUUGAUGGACUGUGCGUACAAAGGCAGAGGAAAAGAGGAAAUCGAUUCUGGCAAUAAAAGUGUAACCCAAACCCCCCUGCCCAACAGAGACCGAGCGAUGAAAAAAGAAGGGAGUGUGUCCAAGAGUGACAAACUAACGCCAAAGUCAACAAGAAGAAAGUUCUUUAAAGGUCAGAAAUUUGGUCGAGGAAAUGACGGUUCAGAGAGUGAUCUUCGUGCUCUUGGGACGUCUUCUGUCAGUAGUAGCAGAACGCUUGAUGGUACAAGCCUUGARGAAACAAUGUCACCCAGAUCAAAGAGGAAGAUUUUUAGYCUUGGUGCAUGGCGUAAACAACGUGCCAUGGGUCAAACAUACGAUAGUGAUGACGACAACUUAGAUGACAAUGARGGUUCCGUGCAACAAGUUAGCCUUAAGAAAAAGCUUUUCAAAGAGAGAAGUAGAAAAAGAUUAGACGAAGUCUUUCCUAUCAAGUCUGGAAAAAAGCUUAUCAAUUCAUCAUCGUCAUCAUUGCCAGAUAAUGGCUCACCGACCGUUGAUGUUGUCGUACMCGAGUACGAACGACGUCCUGUCGAUAUCGAAUCGCUUCGACUCGGACUUAUUCGAUUGCGAUUUUUGAUGAAUGCAUCACAACCAGGUGCAGUGCCUGAUCCAAGCAUAGUGGCAGCCAUGUUGGAUUUGGAAGCACCAGUUGUAGCCCGUGCAUCGUUACUCUUAGAAUGUGCUCAUCUUGUCAACCGUUGUAACCGAGGAGACUGGCCGACCUGGUUACGUGGUAGCCAUCCUAGCCUAGCUAAACGCAAGGGGAACGCCCCCAAAGAAAUCUCCCUAUCCACGCCACGACGCAACCUCGUAGCCAUGCACGAGGCCGGCAAGCUGUUCCAUGCUUGGGGCGUGGCACUUGGACAGAAACUCGAAAUCGUUCUAAAGAARAAACGACAAAGUUUGCCAUCMAUUCAAGAAGAGGAAGGCAAGAAAGCUGAGCUGUUAGAUGAGGAGCUUGAGGAAGAUUUUCUUGACGAAGGAACCCUCAGUGAGUCUAGCCUUUCGUGUCCUUACGGAYUAAAGAUGAUCGCAUGYCAGUUGCUAAUAGAAAUCACAGCGUUCUUGCGCGAGAGCCAUGGAUUGUACCAGAUAAGACGGGACAGUAAAGGGAUGCAAAACAGAGUCAGAGGAAGGAAGAGUUUCGGUGGGGCAGUGGGCGCCGAGAAACGACGUUCCACACAUUUCAAUGACCCGCAUCCAAACCGAAUGAGUGGAUUUUUCGGUGGMGGAGGAGAAAGAAUUCGCAAAAUAAGUGCUGUAAGCCAGAGUUCGAUGCCGUCUGAAUUGAGCACUACUUUGAGUAACAGCAACAGCCCUGGAAGAAGCAGCCCACAUGAGCCACCGCCUGUCAUCAUCUUUCCCGACCAGGAUGUUAAAUCAUCAGAUGAUUCGAUUCUUUUCAAAAGACGAGCUUCUGACAUGAGUAAUCGUGAGAGAAAGCUGUCAGACGUUGGACCUGAUUUCGCUUCCUCGCCGAAAAGAAGUAGUUUGCACCUGCCCCGCUCUAGUAUCGGUAGCAUGAGCCCAAAACAGAACAAGAACGCUCGAUCAAGUCUUGGAUUUGGUAGUGACUUUACAGGCGCCCAACCAAAGAAGAAAAGAGGUACAAUCAAAGGAAAGCGACAAAGUGGCCCUGACACCAGUCCUUAYGGCACCCAUGAYGAAGACGAYGACUCUGAGGAUGAUGAAACCACGAGGUUUCCAUGGCUUAACGCUGUAACAAUACUGAAUAGCUUUACGUCRUACCUGUGUGAUCACCAAACAAGGUGUCCGUCAAAUUGUCAUCAAAGACAAACUCGACUUUGUGCAAGACUUAUCAAAGCACUCCAAAACGUCUACUCAGGCUUGCCUGAAAAAACUGCUGAUAAGGAGAGAGAAAAACCGGAAAGGCUGGAUAAGAGUAAGAGUAAAGCUAAUAUCGGCUCGCCUCAGCACAGCGUUUGCUCAGGAUUUGAUCCUAAAAGUACUAAAGGCAAACCAGACGAGGUUAUGCUGGACUUUAUUAAAAGUAAACUGUGUGGAUUAACACAUUGUGCAUUUACUCUCAUCGCUAAAGCCGGUACGGUAGUCGAUCGAGAACUACUCGAAGAAACUCUGCCAGUGUCCUGGGAACUACUACUUGAUGGAGACCAACAACUUGUAUCUGCAGCUGCUUCGGUAUUUCUAUUGUCUGGUAUUCGUCUCAAGGACAAAGUGUCCGAGUUGUUGUACAAAGAGUUAACUUGYAGCGACCCUGAUGAUAGAGUCAACUCCCUACUUAGAUAUGAAGUUCUUUGGCAGUCAAGGUAUCAUGCCUGGCCAAGACUCGAAGAAGGUGCUUCAUAUACACUUAGGGUACCACCCCCUAAAGUCGACUUUACACUCCCCUCCCCUCCACUUGGAAUGUCAGCUAAUCACGCCCCAGACUGUCCCUGGGAYCCGGUAAUGAUGCUGGAGGAGCAGCCUGGGAACCAGAAAUCCAAGAAUAAAGACAAGAAAAAGGUCAAAGAAGCCGAGCAAGCUGAGAUGAAAAGGAAGCAGCGUGAAGCGUUUCCCUUGAGGACCCUCCCUGUGUCAUUAAUGGCAACGUUUGGUUCUAAUGACGAGGACAGGGCUGGACACUUACCCUGGUUCCAUCUAAAGUGGGAGCAGACGAUUCAAGGUCGUGCAAAGGAUGACGGUUCAACACCUCCCGAGAGUAGUCAUCAGGUAAAUGCAGAGCUUUGGCCUUCUGCGUUAUCAUCAGCCAUUCCUCACAUUAUUAAACUACUCGACGAUGUGUUAGUGGACAGCAAUAAGACUGCAGUCAUGGAUGUUUCGUAUCGUAUUAUCUGGAACUGCUUGGUUGAGGAUCCAGUACUGUUCUUUCGUACUAUCCUAGAGGACAUCACCAAGAGAGACAAGCAGGAGGAACUGGUUAGUCUGAUCAGAAAACUCUUCAUGUAUGUUGAUAAACUACCUCCUAAAUCUGCACAAUUUCUUCUGAACAACUUGGUGGGCGUGGUCAUGUAUUAUGCUCGUACCAAUAGGGCUGGUUCCCAGGAUUCCGUGGCGUUGAUCCUUUCUCUGACAUGGGAGCUCGUGUCUAGUGUACGUGGUCUGUACUUUAAGGAUAUCAAACAAUCACUCAAGAAAGAACAUUGUGAUGGUGCCAUGCUUAUAUUUGCCAAUGUACCAGGCACCAAGAAAUUGGCAGUUACUUGUUGUGGUAAAGAAAGUAUGUCAGAACGAAUGCCAGUUAGUGAUGAAAUGACAUUUGGGAAAGUGAUCACGUACCUAAAGCAACGUUUUAACCUGACUGAGGAAAAUUUAUAUCUACUGGAUACGAAGUCAGACCAAAUCCUCGAGGAACAGGAUUUCGUUCGGGAUGUUUUCGCCUUCAGAAAAGGUUUUCCUAGUCCACAAUUAAGACUAGAUUUUGUGGAUUACGAUAAGGCCUUCUUGAAGAGACAAGAACAGGCCUUUACCAACAAGCUGUCGGACAUCGGUCGCAUUAUGCUGUGUCAGUCAAUACUCAAGGCCUUACCAAACCAGAAACAUUCAUCUUUCUUACACGAAGAGUUUAGCCGGCAGACAUCGUUCCCAAGGAAGGCUCUAGCCUCUGACUUUGGGUUGUAUGGAAAUGGGGCUAAAGGAAACGAGCUGUUUGGUAUGGACGUAAUCCACAAAAUGCAUUGGGUUGAGCUCAUUUUGUCCCUGCUUCAGUGUAUGCCUAGUGACUUCCCAUGGACCUUUGCAGACCUCACGCUAUUUCUGAAUGUUAUUAACGGGUCACAYCUUCUUCACUGUGAAGACACGGCCAUGGUGCGUCUCUGUAUGGCAUCGCUGAUCAACAUAUCAAUCCAUUUUGCCCAUAUCUUUACUAGUGAUGGAUUCCAGUUUGUAUUUCCAUCACUUCUUCAAGUGUAUGCUCAUCACCAGGGGAACGAAAUGGUCAAGCAAGCUGUUGAGUUUACCAUGAGCCAGUUUUACAUACUUCAUCAGAAGCCGUGUUUACUCCAGCUGUUGGCCAGUGUUGCACCAAUAUUACAAGUUGACACAAAGCUCCAGGAUCCUGCCAACCCAGAUGGCGAUAGUCAGGCUCUUGAUUUAGUCCAYCCAAAGAGUUUAUUYAACUUGCUGAACUCYUUGGACGUCACUACCCCGGACAACCUUGAUAUACUGGAACUUGUAACCGAGAAAAAGCCUCUCAAACCAUUGGACUCUUGUUACACUGACACUACAGAUUCUGACGGUGAAAGCAAAGUCGAUGAAGCUAUCCGUCUUUGUGUAACUGUUGUAGACUUUGCUCCAGAAUCAAAGAGAGCUGCUCAAAUGUUGGUUGUCCUGUCAGCCAUACUWCCAUACUACCUGGAAUUCUUGUCGAAUGGAAGUCAAACGGGUGAUAUCGAGAARGUGAAACAAGAAGGUCAAGCUAUCACUUCCCUCAGUACAUUAAUUAAGGUCCUUAUCAAGAGCUCUGAUGUAUUAACAAGAUCUUUCGUCCACUUUCAAACGUUGAAGUCCAUGACAGACCGAACACACAUGCAGCAUGGCGGCUGGCAAUCGACGACGUCCCUCAAUAUAAGCAAAGGUAGCAUAAGUAGUUACGACGGACCGCAGAAUGAAGACGACGACGAAGACGGAGAAACAAGACACGGUCGUCCGCUGCUUGAAAGAUUGCGGGCACAGGAAGAAAAGAACGAGGUCAUGGAAGCCCUUGAAGAGUACCGAAAACCGCGCAACGCACUGCUCGUCUUGGUGGCCGAUUAUGUCAGUAUUUGUGUUCGACGUGUUGAGGAAAUUAAAAAAGUUUUACCGGCAAGAUUUGUAAUACCUGACCUUCUUGACGACAUCAGCAUCAUUCUACUUGCCGAGAUCAUGUAUUCUUUAAUGAAGCUAGCGGUGUAUGACCCGGUAACRAUGAGYAGCCCUGGUGUACAAAGAUAUAUGMUUCAAGCCCUGCCGAUAAUUGACUGGCUGCCUGARGCUGUCGAGCCUGCUGUCAAUCUGGUCCUUAAGAGACUUAGUAAAAUCUUUGAUAAACUCAUCCAGAAACCCGACCUUGUGGUCAAAGAUUCUAAGGGUCGGAAAAAAUCAUUUAAGAGAAACAUCGACUGGAAGGCGUUGGAUUGUUACGUGAAAGGAAUCUAUUUGGUGUUGUGUCGUCAAACUUACAUUGCCAAAUCUCAAUACUUGAAGUCUCUUGUUACGACAUGCAUGAGUUUUGUCUUAGAGGAGCGUCCKUCMGUCACAAUCUCCCUAACAGCCUUCUUGCCUAUGGCGCCCAUCAGUUCGCCGCCACCAUUUUCCUGUGAAACCAUCAUGAGAUUAGCUUCUAGACUCAUGUUUCUCCUCAAGAACGAGUACACGCUGCAAGAGUUGUGUGGAGGAAGCUCGGACUUUGGUUAUCCUAUCAGAACUGAAAARGUUUUUAUCAGGAUACUGCUUCCUAUUCUAAUACGUCUUGGUUCACGUCGUCCUGAAGCUCCCAAGGCCUCCCCCGACGAUGUGAUAUUUGCCUUGAAGUGUUUUCUUCGCGUUAUUACAACAAAGAACUCAGAUACACCAGCUCUGCCUCCAGCCCGGCUCUCGUUGAUUGAAGAAGACCCAGAAGCCGUUAGAGCAAUGUCUAUGUCAGAACCAUACACUGGUGGCACACACAUUGAYACUAUUCCUGAUAGCUUGUAUACUGCCGCAUAUCUAGGGCUCAAAGUCCUCGUGAUAUGCUUUGARGAUGAGUUGUCAACAGAAUGGUUCAAGAUAUUCAACGCCAUUGAUAGAAUUGUCGACAACCAUGUCAUUGGCGUUGCAUUCUGGGAUUUUAUCCAUUUCGUAGUAUCCUAUCGCACACCUCUUCAUUUGAUGCUCAUGCCAAUUGUUCAGACCAAGGUUUCACAGUUGAUUCCAAAGACUCCGACUGAACGCGCCUUAAAGCAACAAACUAUUGACCGACUUUUGCGACCUCAACAUAUCUGUAAUUGUAAAAACGCCGUCAUUGAAACCUUCAUGGAGGAACUCAAAGACUUAAAAGACAAAAAGGCAAAGAAAGAUGAAAAUGAUGAAGAUGAGAUUUCACUUAACGCGGCCCCAAGUGGGUAUAAGCACGGCAAGAAAAGAAACCAAGUAGAAAAUGAAGAAGACGAUCCUAAUUUGAAACACAACAGGAAAACUGUGACAUUUUCAACCGAGACUAAGUAUGAGGAGACAUUGGUGGAGAACCCGGAGAAUAAUCGAACUAAUCAGGAUGUACGGCGUAAGAAGUGGAUCGCACACAAGCAACCAUUCCUUGAGGAAUCUGAGAAUGAAACCUUUGACUCACCGUUUGGUCAUAAGCGCGGGACAGGCUACAAAGGAAAACGAGGAGAAAACCUAGAUCAAACACGUAAAGACCGCAAGCAAAAACUGGGAUCACUACCUAUUUCAUACUCUCAAGAUGGAGACCUCGGGUCGCCGAAAAGAACGCUGGAAAGAUCGGAUUUGAAGACUAGUUCGUCAGAACCCUCGAUUUUAGAGCAAGAUCUUGACGAUAUUUCCCUUGAAAAAGUCAAGGAAGAUUUGCUCUCAACAACAUCAACAGAAAAUGAACCCAUCGCUUCUGAGUCAGCAUCGCCAAAACGUAAACCAAGGCUGGAAAAGCAGGAAAGUUUGCCAGUAGUAGACAACGUCACUGAGCAGGUUGGACAACAGUUGAAUGGAAGUCCCGUGUUGACACGUAAACAGGAAUUAUCAGUAGAUGAUACAAUUCGUGUUCAUGACAAUAUUAUCAUCGAUAAACAAGAUGAUUUAGUGAUUUCAAACAAAAACAUUGAACACGUCAACGAAACUGAAAUACUAGACGACAAUUUAUUAAAUGAUGAAAUCAAAGAAACUAUAUUAGAUGGAAAAACGUUAGCUGAGACAGAUGUAGAUAUGUUUUCGUCAGGAUCCAGUCCUUCAAAGUAUGGAAUGGACGAGUCAGACGAGGAGUUCCUGGACGCCAUGUCGGAAUGGCCUAAGGAGGUUACCCUAGCAAUGAAACGUCUUAACUCUCCUGACGUCAUCAAAGAGAAUGACGUCGAAUGGGACUCUGAUGGUAUUAGUGAUAUCAUUCCUAUGUAUCCGUGUUCGACGUCAUCAACGGUUGCUAAGCGACAGCUAGAUGGGAUACUAUCGUAUUCACCACCUCAACAGCCGAAAAGCUACUUAUCAAGUGAUGAUAAGUCGUUCAGAUCUUUAGCUCUGUCAAAUCAAGUAUCCUAUUCUCCUAAACUUACACAUACAGACACUAAAUUUCAAAAUGAAACACCUUUUCUUGAACUGCCCAAACCUUCGCCUCUUCCAAAUGGUCCUGUUACACCGCAGACCGCAAGGAGUGGGCUCAGGUCUGAUUCUUCUCCUGAUGUAUUGGAAUCGAUAAAGCCAUCGCCGCCAGUUGAUCCGUCGUUAAUGUCUAAUAAAAGGCGUUCUGUACCUUCGUACGUCAUCAAGAUCAACUGUCCCUUGGAUGACGGCCCUACCGAUAAUGGUCCUGAUCAAGAUAAGUCCCGUUUAUGGCACCGUCUCUAUACGAGCUUUGAUAAAUCGAGACCUCUGGUUCCUCUGGCUUCUGAAGAACACAUAGGGUCUGAACURUCAAUUGUAUUCGGGAAUACAUCUCCUCUAGAUGAUUUCUCUCGGGAAACCAACGUAUAGCAAAAGAAAACUAGUUAUCUAAACCUACUAAUAUGGAAAUUAAGGUCUGUUGCCCAGKUCUCUGGAUGUAGUGACAUGGCAUUUGAUUCGAGGGAGAAUGGGAACUAAAAUAAUGCUAAAAUACAAUAUCCUKUCCCUACUGAACAUGUAAUCGACCUAAAAUAUAAUGGUUUUAAAUUUUAAAUUUUCACGAGCGAAAUAAUUAAGGACGUAUUUACUAGCAGUGGGAAGGGUAACAUUUAAAAACAAUAUUGAAGAAAUUAUAUGAAUUUUACUGAUCUAACAAAAAGUAUUAGACAAUAUAUUAUUUACGAAUUAUGAAUUAGCUGACCAAAAAUAAAAAGAUUCAYGAAAUUUA